AUGGAUUCCCUCAAGCAAGGUGUCAACUACGUCGCUGAGACCGUUCAGCAGGCCACCUCCGGUGCUUCCAAGGAGGCCAACAAGCAGGUCGCCAAGGACAGCGAUGCCCCCAUCGGCACCCGUGCCUCCGCUGCCAAGGACGCUUUGUCCGACAAGGCUGACGAGAAGACCCACGAGGGCAAGGCCGACGUCCACAAGGAGGCCAUCUAA